AUGCGAGAAGUCUCCGUCGCCCAUUUGUUCAAAGGAUACGAUGUAGAGGUGCACGCAAGGGUGAGCUGCAGCGCGGCCGGGCCCUACGGCCUGAGCGGCGCGAUCGAGGGCUUCAUGGCGGAGACCGCCAAGGCCAGCCUGGUCGAGUUUUUCGAGUUCUGCGCCAGGUUCCUGGCAGCUUCCGGCGCGGAGCGCCUGCUCGCCGGCGCCUCGGAGGCCCGCGCGCUACUGGAGGGCCUGGCGGCCCCGUCCCCCGCCCAGCUGCCCCGCGCGGAUUCGGAGGCCUGGGCUGACGCGGAGGCGCUGCCCCUCCCCGCCGCCGACAGCGACUCGACGGAGGUGCUGUACCUGCGGUACCUGUGCAGCACCGGCGACCAGGCUGUGGCGCUGCUGCAGCGCAUGGACGGCCGGCUCGCGCGGCUCCAGCGCGACCCGCGCCCCGCCAUCCCGGCCCGUGACCUGGUGCUGGGCUUCGCGGCGGGGGUGGUCACGGCGUCGGCGCUGGGCGCGCUGGCCCUGUCCUGGCGCCGCCAGUCUCGCUGA